UGCUACGCAAUCCUCAAAUAUUAUUAAUAAAACAUGACCUCGUCACUUUUGACACUUGACCCCACGUAAUAUGUCUUAUUUAAGAGAAAGUGAUUAAUUACCACAAAUUACCGAAGAGGAACUGAAAGCAUGAUAAGUAACAGGAACAGUCAUCAGCUUUAUUCAAAUGGAACUAAAAUUAUGCAAGUUCUGUCAGAAUUGUAUAGCGGAAUGUAUCCUAGUUUCUUCUGGGAUCUAACCAUUAUUGAAGGAUGUUUUCAAUGUCACUUUGGCUCUGAUCAUUUCCCUUACUAGGUAUAUAAAGAAACUCCUUAAAUGAAAGUACAAUUGGCUAUAUUCCAUAGAAAUUUGUGUAAGAUAAGCUAUAUUUUAGAUUUGUUGGUUAAUUGAACUGAUAAUGACAAUAAGUGGACUUUUUAAUAGUUUAUAUAAAUAAAACAUUAUCAGAAAUUUGUUUGGUCUGUGCCACUGCUAGUAUAUUGUUGAAUUUUAAUUUAUUAUGAUACUCAUGAAUUCAGUAGUUCCUAUAUUGUAUUAGUAUACUAAAGUAGAUGAUAUAUUUUUUAAAUGAUGAUAUGUGAAGACAAAUUUGAUUUAUAAAAUCAAAUAUAUCUCAUGCUUUAAUAAUGGAUAAGGUAGAACACUGUAGUCCCAUUUUGCGUUUACAAACAAACAAAGGUUCAAAAACUAUUCUGACUGAUGUAAAUCCAAAGUCUAUGGAACCUGAUUUAAAAGUAGGUAUACAGAAUCUUCUAAUGGUAAAGUCUAUACCAACUGAUUUUAAAAUGAAGGCUCCACAAUGUGGUUCGAAUGUAGAAUGUGAUGAGAAAGAUUUGAGGUGGAAGCAUGUUAAAACUGAUAGUAUAAACAUUCAAAAUUACUCCCCCAUGGAACCAUUGCCCGCUGAAUCUAGAAUUGAUGGUCAUGACUUGAAUCCAACCAACUUUAAGCAAAGUGAUGUAAGAAAAGAACAUCUUAGGACAGACUUAAGUGAUCAGGAUUCAGAAGAUGAUGCUUUUGUUGAGUCUAGCAAGAAAAGUGAUGUUCAGGAUUUGGAAAGUGAGCAGAACCUGCCUCCUCUUGUGAAUACAGAAAGCAAGUACAAAUUCAAAUGCAAUUUGUGUGGUAAAAUGUUCACCCUGAAAUCCUGUCUAACAAGACACCUGUUAAUGCACACAGGUGCCAAGAACUAUUCGUGUCACAUUUGUAACAAGGGAUUCUAUCAGAAGUCUGAUUUAACGAGACAUUUGGUCACUCAUACGGGAGUGAAACAAUUUCAGUGUGAUAUUUGCUUCAAAAAAUUUACCCAGAAAGUUGGAUUGAAGCGACAUAGAUCCUUACACUUCGCUUCGAUGGGGGUCAGGUGCGAGUAUUGCAACAAAGAAUUCGCCAAGUUGUCGUAUUUGAAGAAACACGAAAUCAUUCAUUCAGGCAUCAGAAAAUUCAAGUGUGAUUUGUGCGACAGGACUUUUUACCAAAAGUGUGAUCUAACCCGUCACCUGGUGGUUCACACCGGUGUCAAGGACUACAAGUGUGAGGUCUGCUGUAAGAGUUUCUCGCAGAAGUCAAUUUUGACUCAGCAUUUAACGAUUCACACGGGCGUGAGAAACAGGUGCAAAAUAUGUGGGAAGGAGUUCUCCACCAAAUCUUACUUGAAUCAGCACAUGGUCACACACACUGGGAUCAAAGAGUUCAAGUGUGAAGUGUGCAAUGUUGAAUUUUACCUCAAAUCGACUCUGUCACAGCACAUGCUCAUACACAGCGAAGUGAAAAACCACAAGUGCAGUUUGUGUGAGAAGAGUUUCUACCGUAACACAGACCUAGCCAAACAUAUGACAAUUCAUACUGGAAUUAAGAAAUUUAAAUGCGAGGUGUGUGAAAAGCAAUUUUCAAAGAAGUGUAAUUUAACAACCCACAUGGCCAUACAUAGAGAAGUCAAGGACUACCACUGCGAAGUGUGUGGCAAAGGGUUUGCUGUAAAGUCCAAUUACAAUAAGCAUGUAGUGAAGCACUCAGGCAAGAAAAAGUUCCAGUGCGAAUUUUGCAGAAAGACAUUUUGGUGUAGUGUAAAUUUGAAGCAGCACCUGAAGAGACAUACAGGCCACAAAAAUCACAAGUGUGAUAUGUGCUUCAAAGAAUUUUACACAAGGUCAGAAUUAACAAAACACGUACUAAAACACAAUUCAUUAAAAAAUUAUACCUGCGAGUUAUGUGGUGUCGAAUGCCUGCAGAAAUCGGACCUCUUUCAGCAUAUGUCCAUGCAUAUUAAUUCCCUGUCAUAUGAUUGUUCGUUAUGCAUGAAAAACUUCUCGUUGAAGUCUCAGUUGAGUGAACACUUGAAGCUUCAUGCUCGAAAGAAAAAGAGUAUUGAUGGGAAGGUGAGCUCAGUCCCUGUUGUAAGAAAACAAAACAAGUGUGUAAAAGAUAAUGAAAGUUCAUCUAGUCACCAAACCUCGAACAAAGGAAGCUUAAAGCUGGAGAUAGACCCUAUUGAACCUGGCUGCUCCAAUUGGAGCAGCAUAGGAAAGGUCAAAGAAGAAGAAAUUGGCGAGGAAGGAUGUUUUAUAAAUCCUGUGUAUUUAUUAGAAGUUAGAGAAGAAAACAAAAGCACUCCAGGAGGGAAAAGUUCUGCGGAAGGAAAGUGUGUCGUUAAAGAGGAGGUCAUGGAUGGAACAUGAACUAAUAAUUCCUUAAUUCAUGACCUAUUAUGUCCCUGUUGAUGAGAGUGGGAGCAUUAAUGUAAAGGAUUAUAUUUUUUAUAUUUUGUUAGUUCCAAAGAUUUUUGCUCAUUUUGCCAAGUAUUAAAUUAAUAAAAUUACUUGCAGUUUUGUACUUUGAUAUAUUUAUAAAGUGACCUAAGUUCACAUGAUCUUUCCUUUGUCUUGACAGAGAAGAUUAUAUAUAACAAAUGUGCAAAUGCAUUCAUUUGACAAUACUGUAUUGUUUGAUGAAAAAUAACACGUGUUAUUUAUAUGUAAAUAUAAACUUGUAUAUAUCUUCUGUUUUUUUGUGUGUUAAUGAAGAACAUGUUUGGAAUACAGUCUUUCUUACUCUCCUCUAUGAAUUACUAAUCCCAGGUACAUAAUUUGUCCAAGCUGGUGACCUUGAAGAGACAAUGAUUACCCUUUUGCCAUGGGCAGAAAUCUGUUCCCAAGUUCACAAGCUUGUCAUUUUUAAGAGGUCUUGUCUCCAGAACUUCUGGCUCCUUGAGGAAUAGACAUGUACAUACUUGUGGGUAAUACAAACACUCUUUAGCUCUGUAUUUGUUAAGCAGUAAUUUGUAUUUCCUGCAAAUAUUUAAAAAUGGUAGAUAUGAACAAUUUUGUAAGCUCCUUGCUCUCAUUCCUUCUGUUACUUUACCAUUCUUACUACAGUUAUUCAAGAAGCUUAUGGUAAGGUAUGGUUAUUUUCUCAUGGCUGCCUACUCCAUAAACUGUGUUACACUUUAAUGUAAGAAGGUGAUUUAAUAUAACUAAUUUGUUCGAUUAAUGUCCAAAUAUACUAGAAAUUUUUCCAUAAAUAUUGUUUUCAACACUACUGAAUUAUUUACCUGAUUCUGCAAAUGCAAUACUAAUGGCUAAUCAUGUAAAAGCUCAGAGUAUCCAAGGUUGGUACCUUAGUGACAUUUGGUAAAUAUUGUUAGAUUUGUGGAUCCAGUUUUAAACUUUAACAUCUUUACAACCUGGAACGUUCUUCCACCAUUCCAGCAUGCCUGGCUAAUCUUUGUAUCCCCCUCAGCAAGAUGUAGGAUUAUUUCUUUGACAACUUCAACACAAAAGUUGUCAAUAACAUUUGACAACACCCAAGAGUUCACCUGAAUUUUAUUCUUGUAAGUAUAUGGAGUGAGAUAAAAAGUUUUAAAAGAAGUACAUUUAGAAAAUACAAAAAUUCCAUGAUUUCAAUUUAGCCAUUACUCACUUUCAAAUAUACACCUCAUGCAGUGGUGCAUGUUUUAUAUGAAAUCUCUUCAUGCUGUAAUAUCCAUAACCAUUAUAUAUCUACUUUUUUUGACCAGAGGUGUGAUAUCUACUGUGAUUAUUGUCUCAGAUUCUGUGAUCAGAACUGGCAUCCCUGUGCAUUGAUGACUUGUUUCUUUAAUAACCAUCUUGGUUGUGGUAUGAAUCCUGUCUGUACAGUCUGCAUCUUGAGUCCUGAGUAGUUGUUUUUCUAGUCAUGAAGAAUGGUGACUUCUUGUCCCAUUUGUGUCUGAGGUAGUCAUUCACUCUUUACGUUGUCACUUAACCAAAAAGACUUGCUUGUCAAAACUUAUUUGGUGAGAGGAGGAAGCCUUUGUCUAAUACAAAAAAAAAAAAAGUCAAUGACAGUCUCAAAAGUAAUCAGUCUCCAACUCUGAAGCUGAGGACCUUGAAUCAUCCUCAGACUUGGUGACCCCUCCUCUGCCAGCUGGUAUGACCAGUUUAUGAAAAUUUGGCUUUUAAGCCAUUCAGUGAACAAGGUGACAAUGAAAGUUGGAGUGGUUGAACAGCUAAAUGGAAGAAAGGAAGUGGGAAUGGAGGUAAAGUAAAGGGAUAAAUGGGUGCAGCUACGGACGUUAGUGAUUCUGCAGACAACCUUUUGUAAUACCUACAGUACUCCUUUUGAGAUGCACUUGCAAAACUGCAAGUCAUGCUGAAAUAGUGCAGCAAGAAAAGCCGUGUAUCUAAAGCAAAUAAGGAUGAA